AUGCUUUUGCCUUCAACGCGUUCGCUCGUGUCCUCUGUCUGGUUCCUCCUUCGUCCGACGCUGCCAUUGCUGGUGUUUCUGUCACUUAUACCUCUUAUCUCGCUUCUCUCAGCAUCUGCUGGAUGGAUCGUAUGGAAAAAUGCAGCGGUCAGUUGGCGGACAACAUUAUACCUCCAAUAUGGGUACCACGCUUUCCUUUUCUUCCACUUCUCUCCAACCAACCACAAAACAUGCAGAGACGGACUACCACCAUAUGCCCAUGCAGAUCUACCUCCACUUGUCUCCAAGCAGCGCUACGACAUGUCUCUUGACUUGCAGGUUCCGAACAUCGACUCCAACUUCGCACUGGGCAACUUCAUGGCCGGUUUAACACUGACCACUCGCUCUAAUAAGACUAUCAUCUCAGUUCGUCGACCUGCAAUCGUUGUACCGCCGCGUCUUGGUCUAAUGUCGCGAAGACCCGCGUUUAUCACAGUCCAUAUACCCUUGCUGACUUCUUAUGCGACUGGGACGUCCAAUGUUGUUGCAGAUGUUGAAAUUGGGCGACGUGAUCAUUGGAAAAGUUUGGGGAGUGAGCAAGGUCGUGAAUUAAGUGUGGUUUCAGCCACGUUGAAUGGCGUUGUUGUUCACCAUGGCCUUCGCGGCUUGGUGACUCGUUUCCCUCUGCUUACUGCGCUCAUUUCUGCUUGCAUCUUCAUGGCCAUCUCCUCUAUCGUUGUCGGCAUUUGCGUCAUACCAAUGACAUUCCGGCGGCCCACCUCGAUACUCGAGAUUGAGUUGGAGCCUGUUGCCGAAGAAGUCGUGGUCUCUAGCGCCAGUUCAGACUCUUCCGAAAGCAGCGAAGAAAAGCCUUCGAUUCUACGUCGUAGAACGAGUAGCAGAGCAGAAUUGAAGUUGGAAGAGCUUCCUACCCCAAUCCUCAUUCCGAACAGCAACACAAUUCCACUGCGACGGCGACGUUCAAAGCUUGUCGACCCCGUUUCUUCGGAUUCCGAUUCAUGA